AGAAGCAUUUGACCUUUCAGAGGUAACAUGUUGGACGAUAACGGGGGAGAGGCAGACUGCACGAAUAAGAGUAUUGUAUCUGAAAACUAUUCUGAGACAAGAUAUUGCUUUCUUUGAUAAGGAAACAAACACUGGCGAUGUCAUUGGGAGGAUAUCAGGUGAUAUCAUUCUUUUACAAGAUGCAAUGGGUGAGAAGGUUGGGAGAUUUGUGCAGCUUGUAGCAACAUUUGUUGGAGGAUUUGUGAUAACGUUUGUGAAAGGGUGGCUUUUUACAGUUGUCAUGUUGUCUACUGUUCCACUUCUUGUUUUGUCAGGUGCUGUUAUGGCAUUCAUCAUGGAAAGGGUUGCUUCUAGACAUCAAAUUGCUUAUGCAAGAGCUGCUCGUGUAGUUGAACAGACAAUUGGUUCAAUGAGAACAGUUGCAUCCUUUACUGGGGAAAAACAAGCAGUAUCCAAGUAUGACAAAGUUCUUGCACGUGCUUACAAAUCAGGAAUUCACGAAGGUUGCAUUCUGGGACUCGGUCAGGCUGCAGCAUACAAAAUGUUCCAGACCAUUGAAAGGAAUCCAGAGAUAGACGCUUAUGAUCCAAAUGGAGUAGUAUUACACGAUAUUCAAGGAGAACUAGAGUUGAGGGAUGUUUAUUUCAGUUACCCAUCAAGACCAGAAGAACUGAUAUUUGAUGGAUUCUCUCUUCAUAUAGCAAGUGGUACAACAACAGCGUUAGUUGGAGAAAGUGGAAGUGGAAAGUCUACAGUUAUCAGCUUAGUAGAAAGAUUCUAUGAUCCACAGGCUGGAGAAGUUCUUAUUGAUGGUAUUAACCUGAAAGAAUUUCAGCUUCGGUGGAUCAGAGGGAAAAUAGGUCUUGUCAGCCAGGAGCCGGUGUUGUUUACAUCUAGCAUUAAGGAAAAUAUUGCAUAUGGAAAAGAGGAUGCAACAACUGAAGAGAUAAGAUCUGCACUUGAACUAGCAAAUGCUGCUAAAUUCAUUGAUAAGCUUCCACAGGGAUUGAACACAAUGGUUGGUGAUCUUGGAAGCCAGCUAUCUGGUGGGCAGAAGCAACGCAUUUCCAUUGCAAGAGCAAUCCUGAAAAAUCCUCGAAUUCUACUUCUGGACGAAGCCACAAGUGCACUUGACGCAGAGUCAGAAAUGAAAGUGCAAGAGGCUCUAAACAGGAUCAUGGUCAACAGAACUACUGUUGUAGUGGCACAUCGCUUGAGCACAGUGAAGAAUGCAGAUAUGAUUGCUGUCAUUCACAGAGGGAAGAUGAUUGAGAAAGGAACACAGUCAGAAUUACUGAAGGAUCCUGAUGGAGCGUACUCUCAACUGAUUCGCCUACAAGAAAUAAGAAAUGAGUCAGAAGAAAACGCAGAGCAUCACAGCAAGAGUGAAAUUUGUGUAGAAUCCUUUAGACAAUCUAGUGAAAGGAGAUCACUUCAAAGAUCCAUUAGUAGGGGGUCAUCCAAAAGGAAUAGUGGCAACCACACAUCUUCGGUUUCCUUUGGUUUAUCCGAAGGAGUUAACAUUCCUGAUCCUGAACUUGAAAACUCACAACCCAAAGAUCAAGCACCAGAUGUUCCGCUCAGCCGCCUUGCUUCACUUAAUAAGCCAGAGAUUCCAGUUCUUCUGAUUGGAUGUGUAGCUGCCAUGGCGAGUGGUCUUAUAAAUCCAAUAAAUGGGUUGCUUGUUUCCAGUGCCAUCAAGACAUUUUAUGAACCAUUUGAUGAGAUGAAAAAAGAUUCCGAGUUUUGGGCAGUGAUGUUUACUACCCUUGCUAUUGGAGCUUUUCUGACAAAUCUUGGACAACGAUACUUUUUUUCUGUGGCAGGAUGCAAGUUAAUCCAUCGUAUCGGGCUAAUGUGUUUUGAGAAGGUUGUCAACAUGGAGAUUGGUUGGUUUGAUGAACCAGAAAACUCAAGUGGUGCUAUCGGUGCCAGACUCUCAGCUGGUGCGGCUUUUGUACGUACCAUUGUUGGUGAUGCGCUUGCACUAUUAGUUCAAAACUUAGCAUCGGUAUUGGCAGGUUUGAUUAUUGCUUUCACUGCAUCCUGGCGGAUGACGUUGAUUAUUCUUGUCUUGGUUCCCCUUUAUGGAAUGAAUGUAUAUGUUCAAACGAAAUCCAUGAAGGGAUUCAGUCCUGAUGUAAAGAUAAUGUAUGAGGAAGCAAGCCAAGUUGCUAAUGAUGCAGUUAGAAGCAUAAGAACAGUUGCUUCUUUCUGUGCUGAAGACAAGGUUAUGGAACUAUACAAGAACAAAUGUGAGGGGCCGAUCAAAUCAGGGAUACGACUAGGACUUACCAACGGAUUAGGAUUUGGGGCUUCGCUUUUCUCAUUGCAAAGUUUUAAUGCAAUCAGUUUCUACGCCGGAGCUAGGCUUGUGGAAGCUGGGAAGGCGUCAUUCUCUGAUGUUUUCCGGGUUUUCUUUGCAUUAACUAUGGCAACUGCUGGUAUUUCCCGAUCAAGCUCCCUUUCUACUGAUUCAAGCAAAGCCAAGUCAGCCACUGCCUCCAUAUUUGGAAUAUUAGAUAAGAAGUCAAAAAUAGAUCCGAGUGAUGAGUCUGGCAUCACACUGGAGAGCGUCAAGGGAGAAAUUGAGCUUCAUCAUGUGAGCUUCAAGUAUCCAUCUAGGCCUGACAUACAGAUUUUCCAAGACCUCAGCUUGGCUAUCCAUUCUUGUCAGACGGUGGCUCUUGUUGGUGAGAGUGGAAGUGGGAAAUCGACAGUGAUUGGUUUGUUGCAAAGAUUUUAUGAUCCUGAUUCAGGACAAAUCACUCUUGAUGGGAUAGAAAUUCGUGAGUUACAACUGAAGUGGUUAAGACAGCAGAUGGGUCUUGUAAGCCAGGAGCCACUCUUGUUCAAUGAAACCAUACGUGCCAACAUUGCCUAUGGGAAAGGAGGCAAUGCUACUGAAGCAGAAAUCGUAGCUGCAGCAGAAUUGGCCAAUGCCCAUAAAUUCAUUAGUGGCUUACAACAGGGUUAUGAUACUUUGGUCGGGGAGAGGGGAACCCAAUUAUCUGGUGGGCAGAAGCAACGGGUAGCCAUUGCACGCGCCAUAAUAAAAAGUCCAAAGAUAUUACUACUCGAUGAGGCCACGAGUGCAUUAGACGCUGAGUCUGAAAGAGUUGUUCAAGAUGCAUUGGACAAAGUCAUAGUGAACAGAACCACCGUGGUUGUGGCACAUCGUCUAUCCACAAUUAAAAACGCAGAUGUGAUUGCCGUUGUCAAGAAUGGUGUGAUAGCGGAGAAAGGGAAGCAUGAAACACUCAUCAACGUCAGUGGUGGAUUUUAUGCUUCCUUAGUCAAACUUCACACAAGUGCUUCCGCUCACUAG